AUGAAUCCUCAAGAGCGUCUCAUUCUCAGCAUCCUACAAAAACAUCCUGCUGAGGCGCAAGCCUGGUAUGAUUAUGUAGCAAGAGCCAAACUCGACGAGAAAAUGAGCAAAGCUAUGCGGGAUCGCAUUGUGGAGAUGGUUGUCUUGAGCAAGCAACCUGCUACCAGCCAUGCCAAUGAACCGAACGACAAGGAUCUGGAAAUCCAAGCGCUUAAAACCCAAUUGGCGGCUAGCCAAGAGGAGAGCACCAGGAAGAGUAUGAAACUCCUGGAACAACAUGCCAAGAAGCUCAACGACAAGAACCUGGUUAUCGGAGAUCUGGAGACCCGUCUAUCUGCUGCUGAGCAACAAACUAUAGAUAAGCUGAAAGUGCUCGAGGAGCAACAUGUCAAGCAGAUCGGAGGCAUGAACCUGGAACUUCAAACGCUGAAGACCCAACAGGAGCAACAUGUCAAGGAGCUUGCCGAAAAGGACCUGGUCAUCCAAGAACUGAAGGCUCAUUUCCCUGCUGCGGAGCUACAAACCGUCGAUAAGGUUAUGGAGCUCACAAAUGAGAACAAUCGACUUUCUAUGAGAAUUCAAAAACUCGAGGAGAGCAUCAGGGCUGAGCGAUACCUUCCAUUGUUGACGGGAGGCUUGCAGAAGCAAGUUCAUCACAAGACAAAGGAGGUUGCUCCUCAGCUCUAUCUACCAGUUUCGAAGGAAGAGAGAGGUUUCCUGACUGAGCGACGUCUUCAAGGUGUCUUCAAGGCGCAGGAAGCCUUGUGUCAGGAGAAGAAGAAUGUCGUCUACAAACCAACCGUAGCCUUGUAUCAGUCUCGUCAUGAGUCAGGAAGUCAGAAGGUCGUCUCUGAGCCAACUUUUCAACUGCACACUGAACUCGGCAAGCUCUAUAUGGAGCUCCAGGAAGCAAAGAAGCCACAGGAGGCUCUCAUGGCUCGAUUGGCUGUUAAGGACAAGGAAAUCGAGUGUCUCAUGGAGCAACUCAAAGCAAAGCUGGCUGCUAAGGAUUCAGAAAUCCAGAAUCUACAGAAAAUGAUUCAGGGAGGAGAUGAGAUGAAUGAGAAAGCGGUCAUGGCUGAUGGACAAUCGGAAUAA